CUUCCGGUUUGUGGGUCGGGGCCGGAAGUGCCGGGUCGGCGGCUGCUUCCUGGGCAGUAGUGAGCUGGGUGUAUUGUAGUGAAGACUGGCCGCUGUCUCCUCCACCUCCAGCCGCGUCUAGGGCCGUAUCGUUAUUUGUUACCACCGUUGUUUUCUGAUUCUCUGCUGCCGCAGGAUUUAAUUGUCAACAUGUCAAGCAAAAGAGCAAAGACAAAGACGACCAAGAAGCGCCCUCAGCGUGCAACUUCAAAUGUGUUUGCUAUGUUUGAUCAGUCACAAAUUCAGGAAUUCAAAGAGGCCUUUAAUAUGAUUGAUCAGAACAGAGAUGGUUUCAUUGACAAGGAAGAUUUACAUGAUAUGCUAGCUUCCUUAGGAAAGAAUCCGACCGAUGAGUACCUAGAUGCCAUGAUGAAUGAAGCUCCAGGUCCCAUAAAUUUUACUAUGUUCCUCACAAUGUUUGGGGAAAAGUUAAAUGGAACAGAUCCAGAAGAUGUCAUCAGAAAUGCUUUUGCUUGCUUUGAUGAAGAAGCUACAGGUACCAUUCAGGAAGAUUACUUGAGAGAAUUGCUGACAACUAUGGGAGACAGGUUCACAGAUGAAGAAGUAGACGAGCUGUAUAGGGAAGCACCUAUUGACAAAAAGGGAAAUUUCAAUUAUAUAGAAUUCACCCGCAUUCUUAAACAUGGAGCAAAAGACAAAGACGACUAAGAGAAAAUAUCAAGCUCAUGCCAACGGUUUUUAUUUUUACUUUGUUUAUUUCUGAGACUUUCUGAUACAACCUGUUUGCAUGCACUCAAGCUUUAAAGCUUUUGCCUCUUGUGUAUUUAUUCCAAGCCAUUUGGGGCAUACUUGCACCUCUGUAAUCAGACUGGAAAAAAGGGGGGGGGGGAAGGGUUAUCAUUUUUUUAAGCUGAAGUAAAAUACAGAAUUAGAGAAAUGAUCAUUGUGAAAGCUUAAAGAGAAAAAAAAUCUCAAAUUUCUGGUUUAGCUGGAUUUUUUACACUUUUUGUAAUAAAUACUUUUAAAAUAAAGGUUGUGAACAAAGUAUUUCCACUAAACACAGGUAUUAGGCAUAUUUAAAUAAUUUCUGGAAAAAAAAACACUAACAUAAUAAGUUUAUGCAUGAAUUAGGAAUUUCUUUCUCAGGAAGAGGUGUUAACUCCUCUGUUCUUGUGCCAGAUUUAAAAAACCAUUUCUGAGAUGAAGUACUUGUUCAAAACCUUAAGCGCAACAAGAAUAAUCAGUUGAUGGCAGCUUGGGCAUUUAUUUAGUACUAUCACAGCUCCCAGAGAAUAUAGAGAUGAAGUAAAUUGUAGCAAAAAUGGGAAUAAUCUACUUUUUUCCCACCAUCUCCAGCAGUCUAUCUACCUCCACCAUUUUUGUAUUCCCAGUGCCUUUUAACACACUGGACACUGAAUAACUUUGUUAAACCAAAAGUAAAUGGAGUGCCACAGUGCCAUAACCUCAUUUGUAUGAGCAGGUUUCCUUUGUUCUCCUAUAAUUUUGAUUUACAUUUGUUUUGUUAACUUGUAAUACUUGGGUAGCUUUAAUCCUAAUCAAGCUAUGCCUUCCAUUAUUUAUAUUGAACUUUUGAGCACUGCUUAAGUUCAUAAAACUAGAUUAUUCCAUCUUUAAUUCCAAAUUUAUAAGAAUCUUUGUUUCAAUAGUUGCUUAAAUUUAUAAAAAUUUUUCAAUAGAGAGCUGAUUCGAAGUGCCUUAAAAUUGGAAUUUUGUUUUUCUUUUUUCAUUGUUUAUGGCUCUUAGAUUUCAUAAGAGGAAUUUCCUUAUAUAAGUAUCUGCCUUUUAAGUGGAAAGCCUUCAAAGAAAGGCAUAUUACAUUUUAUCUAAUAACUGCACAAGACAUUGCACUGAAUUAUGUAAUGAAUCCUAGGCCUUACAUGGUCCCUUCUUCAUCUCUAUUGCACUGAGCAAAGUACAUAUCUCAUAGGAAAAACUUUUAUAAGAGUUAUUUUUAAUUCUGGCAUAUUGCAAGAUAAGAGCGUAGUCCUGCACAGGUGUUGCUUAAGAUAAACUACAGUUUGUUUUUAGGGAUAUUGCUUCAUAAUUGAAUUUGGCAUGUUAUAUAUACCACACUGUUAUUUAAGCACAAAUAUUUGUAUUUUGACAGAAUGAGGAUUUUUUAAAGCUAGUGAGUUUGAAGCAAACAAGUUUCUGUGUCUACUCCUAAGUUUUGCUUUAAACUUUUGAAAUCAUGAAAUAAAUUUAUCUAUUAGAAGAAA